AAAAAUAUUGAAUAAUAAGGAAAGAAAUCACACUUUCUGAAUUGAGAAAUGACCAGACAUCAUCCGCUAUUUCUAGGAAAUUGUUGCGCAACGGUUGUGGUUGACAAGCUCGAGCGUCAUCCUGAUGCCAUAAUCUAGCAGAAUUAUCGCAUGUACGCAUGUAUGUGUCGGGUAAACCCGAGGACGCGUGAACCGCGGGAACAUGACGAUGAGCAACGCUUGACCAAAAGGGAUAUGACUAAGUUGACGUGUACCGGUGUGGCGUAUUUUUUUGGUGUUGAAAAAAUACCAGAAGAAGAAGAAGUGUCACGGGAUGAUGUAAAUAUUGAGGAGGAAUUAAAAGAUGCAUCAAGUUGCACUGGGUUCGAAAAGGACGAAUGGUAUAAAUACUCAACUAUUGUCAACAUUUUAUUGGUUACCUUGUUGUUUGUCACCUUCAGUUUGAUAGUGGCGAUGACAGUUUAUUUGUUACGCAUUCUAUUCAUGGUUAUAAUAAAACAUUUAUAUACUACUCAAAGUUUGAAAAAAGAAUUGUAAUAAUGGAAAAAAAAAAAAAUUUAAUCACUACAACAUGACGCAUU